UGUGAAGCAGGAGGAGAAGCGCUCUCUGAUCACCAGAUUAUUACAGUCUUGCAAAACACAUUGCAGGAAAAGUGGAUGCUUUCAAAGACCCCUAAGUGCACAAGUGGCCUCCAGUGGGGCCCCAGAGAACUAAAUCCUAAACUCUCUGUAGUUAUCUGUGUCAAGACGGGACAGUUCUCAAUCCUUCAGCUGGUCGAGGCACUAGGGUUAAGUUUAACAAGUUCUCAGACUCAGACCCGUGGCCGAGGGGUGCAGCUGCUCUCCGAGGUCCUGCAGGAAUCCUACAGCGGCCUUUCUGAGAGUGAAGUGAAGGUCCUGGUAGCGUUCUACGAGAACAGGCUGAAGGAUCACUAUGCAAUCACGCCGCACGUCCUCCACGGACUCGCAGCUCUGGCGAAGUGCUCAGCACUGCCUCCGGGUGCAGCAGUAUCUAUUCUAAAAGCCCUCUUCCAGGAUGUUCAUGUUCAGUCCUUGAUGUUGAAAGAGCGCUCAUAUGUCUAUAACAUCCUCAUCAGCCUCAUGGAUUCGAGGGAAAAGGAGCUGAAGGGUUUGGGUCCGGACUUUGUGUUCGGAUUUGUGCAGGCCAUGGAUGGAGAACGAGAUCCUCGCAACCUCCUGCUGGUUUUCCAGAUCGCCAGAAACAUCAUCCACAGGGGUUAUGACCUCAACCAGUUUACAGAGGAGCUCUUUGAAGUCACGUCCUGCUACUUCCCGGUCGACUUCACACCUCCAGCCAACAACCCUCACGGCAUCACGCAGGAGGACCUCAUCCUGGCUCUCCGGGCCGUUCUAACAGGCACAGCGCGAUUUGCAGAGUUCCUGGUGCCAUUACUUAUCGAGAAACUUGACUCGGAAGUCCAGGAUGCCAAGGUGGACUCGCUGAAAACGCUGGCGGCUUGUGGUCCUGUAUACGGACACAAAGAGCUGGCGGAGUUCCUCCCAGGCCUUUGGUCCUCCAUACGCCGAGAGGUUUUCCAGACAGCGAGCGAGAAGGUCGAGUCAGCAGGUCUCGCUGCUCUCGGGGCCAUCACAUCCUGUCUGGCUCGCACGGUCCUCACAUCAAACUCUGGAGAUGCUCUGCAGAUGUUCCUGGAGCUCGUCCUCAAAGACUGUCAGCACCAUCUGUGUGAGCCGGACCUGAAGCUGGUGUGGCCCAGCGCCAAGCUGCUUCAGGCUGCAAGCGGCGCCUCCUACAGGUCGAGCCUCAUUGUGACUGCAGCCGUGCUGCCUGCACUGUUUGAGCAGUACAACUCCAGAACUCAGUGUGCUCAUCGGCGCACUCUGUUGGAGGUGUUGCAGGGCUUCAUCCAGCCCACAGUGAGCAGCCGGCCUGCAGAACGAGAGGACAACGUGCUGCUCCCCUUCCAAAAGUCUCUCUGCAACGUGGUGUUUUCCGCUUUGGCAGAGUCUAAUGCGGCGCUUCAGGUCACUGCUAUGAAGGUCCUCGCCACACUGGGCAAGCAGUCUGGCAUGUUAACGGAGGCGGACAUGGAAAUAGCAGUGGAGCACCUGACGAGGCUUGUUGUAGAAGAGAACGACGCCCAAGUCAGUUCCGCGGUAACCGACUGCGCGGGAUCUCUGGCUCGUCUCCAUCCGUCCUUCUUCGUUACCCGAAUGGUUCCUCGGCUGAAGGAUGAAAUAUUCACAGAGCCCAUGGCCGAAGAAGAUGCUUCUCCGGCUCGGAUCCGAAGCAGAGCGGCGGCACGGGAGCGCAGCGUGACGGCCCUCGCCUCCGUCUCCCUGCGGAUAAGUCUGGUGCAGGAGAGCGUGCCGGUACUACUGCAGGUUUUAGCUGCUGCACACAAAGGUAGCAGCGGGUUCUCGGCCGAGGAGGUGAUUUGGGCGUGUCAAGGUCUGUGGAGGAUCGCGGAGGAAACGCAUCACACGGUGGAAAUUGCCGACUUUUUCCACGCCACAGUCAUUCCGCGGUUAAUGGGCCUGUCCCUGCACGCAGCUGUGCACAGUCAGAAGUGCUCUAGUCCCCUCACUGAAGAGGCCGUGCUCUCUGCUCUAGUUCCUGUCAUAAGCACUGCUUGUGCAGCAUUACAGCCAGCACCUGCUACUCGAAUGGCAGCUCAGGCCGUGUCCCUUUUCUUAGACGGAGACGUCUCUUGGCUGCCCGAAAAUGCCUACCCAUCCAAUAUUCAGCUCCUCGAGAGCCAGUCAGACGGUUGGUCCCAGUCACAGCUGGUGUGUUUGCUCAUGGCCUGUGUGUGUUCCCUUUCACAACAGGUGGACAUUCCUGACCUGGACAGACUUUUGGUGCAGUUGGAGGAGCUGAUCUUCACAUGUACUCACCCGUUCUCCUACACGUCCGCGGCGAAAUGUUUCGCUGGCCUGAUCAACAAGAGAGCAGCAGGCCCAGCCCUGGAUGCUGUUCUGGAGAAGACGUUGAGCAGAAUAAGUGCGACGUUAGAAUGCGAAUCAUCUGCACAGCGAGUUCAAGCCUUCACCUUAUUAAUCUGGGUGACCAAGGCUUUGCUUCUGCGCUACCAUCCUCUGUCACCAGUCCUGACUGAUAAGCUCUUCGGCCUUCUAAAUGAUGACCAGUUAGGUUCUCGGGCGGCAGACGGUUUCUCACUGCUCAUGAGCGAUUCUCCGGACGUGCUAAACCGUAGCUGUCACGCCGACGUACGCAUCAUGUACCGCCAGCGAUUCUUUACCGAGAACUCUGCAAAGCUCGUACAAGGCUUCAACAGCGCAGAGCUAGAGAAGAGAUCAGUGUUUCUAAAGGCCCUGUCUCACCUGGUCAACAAUCUGCCCAGACAAGUGCAACUCACUGAGCUUCCUGCUUUGCUGCCCCUGCUUUUGGAAGCACUGACGUGUCCUGAUGAUGCAGUGCAGCUCUCAACUCUCUCCUGCUUUCAGCCACUGAUAAUGGAGCCUCCACCGGCUCUCAGCACGCAGCUGGAGGCUCUGUUCACCCGCCUGCUCGCUCUCACCACCAGCCCUGCUAUGAAAGUGAGGAUGGCUGCCCUGCGCUGCGUCCACGCCCUCUCCCGCCUGCCUAGUCACAUGGUGCUGCCUUUCCGUCCCAGGGUGCUGAAAAGUCUCGCUCGGCCGCUGGACGACAAGAAGAGACUGGUGAGGAAGGAGGCGGUGGCGGCACGCAGCGAAUGGUUUUUGUUAGGGAGUCCAGGAGGAAGAUGAGGUGAGGAAGAUCCCCCGUCCACCCACAGUCUCUUUCACCACCAUUCUACUCAUUUAUGACGUCACACCAAGUCGCUCUGAAGACGCACAAUGCAAAGGAAGUCAGCUGGUCCUGUUUAGGACUACAUGAAGAGGAAUGUACUGAAAUAAUGCACUUGGAUGGAGCUUUCAGCUGCCCUUUUUUUCUGAAACUGAGCAGCAAAUCCGGGGGCUGAAUUCUAAACCUGGUUCGCGAUUUAGAUAGAUAUAAACGGAGUUCUUUUUUUGUGUUAAAGAUUUCAUGUAUGAUGUGGAAAAGAGAAUUGAAAAUGAUUGAAAAUAUUUAGAAGGCUACUUUCACACGAGGCAUGUUUUUAUUUUUUUAUUUUCACACUGUAACCAUGACACACUCAUCUGUCCUUAUUACUGACUGUUUAGCUCCUGAUCUACUAGAGAUUUAUUAUAAUUAUUAAAUAAAAAUAUCUGGUGAAAAAGUGUUAGCUGGCCUUCAAAGUUUUGAAGACAGUGCAAGAGAUGAGGAUGAGCUUCCAAACACACACUGUUUAUAUUGCUGAAUUAAAACAGGGGUUUGGCUGCAGGGUCCCUGAUUUGCUCCUGAUCUCAGGUGUCUGGGUGGAGUUUGACAUGCUUCAUGUCCAUGUUGAUUUUCUUCCAUAUUUUUUCUUUCCUUCAGUGGUUCAGGAGAAAAUAAAACAUGCUGGUAAUUGACUAGCUUUUCUAAAUGGC